AAGCAGGCCGGCCGGCACGCGCAGGCGCACAAGGUGCACGGAGCCUGGGUCUUCUCCCUGCUUCCGGGCUCCGGUCGCCUUCUUCCCGAGCCUGCCCGCGGCCGCCGCUACCCCUUCCUACUGUCCCAGUGGGCGGAGGCAGGCCUCCCCGCAGAGCCGCCUCCAGUGGAGCCCUCUGCUGUGAGAUUUGGGGCACACUGUGAUGCAGGGCCGGCCUGGGCCGGUUUCGCGGUCAGCAAGGUGAAGACGUGCGGGCAGCACUCGAGGGAGGUGCGAAGAGGAGGACGCCCAAGCAGCAGCACUAUGGAGCCAGCUGGAGGUGGCCGCGAGAGUGUGGCCGCGGAGUCCCCGCCGGCCCAGAGGGAAGCCGAAGGCAUCGCCCGGCAGGUGCCUCUGGAGGAAAAGGGGCAGCGUCUUUACCAGGAGGAGACCAUCGAUCUGGGCGGUGAGUUUGAGUCCGAAGAAAACGAGACCAUGUCGGAAGAUUCUGGAAACUUCGUGGACAAGCUCAGUGAGCACAUGAUGGAGAGCGUCGUCAUCUCGGACUCCCCGAAUAACAGCGAGGGUGACGUGGCCGGCCUGGGCCAUUUGCAGGAUGUCGCGGAGCCCCUGGAAGGCAGUGCUCAUCCUGGGCUGGAAAGUACCCCAGACCAAGAAGAAAUGGACACCCUGAGCCACGGCAGUGAGACUGAUGGAGACGAUACACCCCAAGACGUCUCUGACAUGACCUCUGACAGCAGAGCGUCUCUGAAGGGGGACUCAACCCAAGAGGAAGUGAAGGGCCUGUCCACCUUUGAGGACGAGGGUGCAGAGGGCUCGGUGCUGAGGGACGGGGACACUCGCCCCGAAGAGCAGGUGUCGGAAGCGUCCUCCCCCCGGUCCUCUGCCAGGGAUGAACCUGUGCCUGUGUGCACCAUCUUCAGCCAGCCCAGCUCGGCCCCGUCCCAGGCACACUUGUUCCUGCACGAUGGCUUCGAGUCCCAGAUGGUGAAGUCGCCCAGCUUCAGCAGCGCCAGCGAGACAUCCGCCAAGACCCCCCCUCAGGCGGUGCAGCCCAGCCCCAGCCUGAGCACGUUUUUUGGCGAGACGAUCAGCACGAACUCCCUGGCCUCGGACUUCUUUGAUUCCUUCACCACCUCCGCGUUCAUCUCCGUCAGUAAUCCCAACGCCGGCCCUUCUGUCCCAGAAAACCUGGCUGCACUCUCCGCAGCGGGGGGAGAGAAAUCCCCUGAUUCCACUGAGCCGUCUUACUCUGCGGGGAUCCAAAGGUCCCAGUCCGCUCUUUCCACAGCUUCGCUCCAGACGCCCGAGUCUCCAAAGCCGUUUUCCCAGGUACAGGCCGUGUUUGCAGGGAGCGACGACCCCUUUGCCACAGCCCUCAGCAUGAGCGAGAUGGACCGAAGGAAUGACGCCUGGCUGCCCAGCGAGGCCACCAGGGACGUUCUGGUCUCGGUGGCCACCCAGCAGCACAGCCCCGUGUUCCUCGACAAGGAGAACCUCACCAUGCCCGGCCUCAAGUUUGACAACAUCCAGGGAGAUGCAGUUAAAGACCUGAUGCUCCGCUUUCUGGGUGAGAAGGCGGCUGCAAAGAGACAAGUCCUGACCGCCAGCUCCGUGGAGCAGUCUUUCGUCGGCUUGAAGCAGCUGAUUAGCUGCAAGAACUGGAGGGCUGCAGUGGACCUGUGCGGACGCCUCCUCACGGCCCACGGCCAGGGCUACGGCAAGAGCGCCCUCCCCCCCAGCCACACAACGGACUCGCUGCAGCUUUGGUUUGUGAGGCUGGCGCUCCUGGUGAAGCUGGGCCUUUUCCAGAAUGCCGACCUGGAAUUGGAGCCCUUCGGAAACCUCGACCAGCCGGACCUCUACUAUGAGUACUACCCUCACGUGUACCCUGGGCGCAGGGGUUCCAUGGUCCCCUUCUCGAUGCGUAUCCUGCACGCGGAGCUGCCGCAGUACCUGGGGAACCCGCAGGCGUCGCUGGACAGACUGCACCGCGUGAAGGCCGUCUGCAGCAAGAUCCUGGCCAGCCUAGAGCGCGGCCUGGCCGAGGACGGCACCGCGAGCAGCGGCUCCCAGGAGAGCAGGCAAGCCUCCCUGCAGCUGUGGCGGUCCCGCCUGGGCCGCGUGCUCUAAUCCAUGGCCAACUGCCUGCUCCUGAUGAAGGACUAUGUGCUGGCUGUGGACGCCCACCUGUCGGUCAUCAAGUGCUUCCCGGAGCAGGAGCCCCAGCUGCUGAGCGCUGUCGGCCGGAUCUUCCUGCAGAUCGGAGACAUCAAAACCGCUGAGAAGUAUUUCCAAGAUGUUGAGAAAGUGACACAGAAGCUGGAUGGGCUGCAGGGCAAAAUCAUGGUUUUGAUGAACAGAGCCUUCCUUCACCUGGGUCAGAACAACUUCGCAGAAGCGCACAAGUCCUUCACGGAGAUCUUGAGGCUGGAGCCCGCCAACGCAGUGGCCAACAACAACGCGGCCGUGUGCCUGCUCUACCUGGGGCAGCUCAAGGGCUCGCUGCGGCAGCUGGAGGCCAUGGUGCAGCGGGACCCGCAGCACUACCUGCACGAGAGCGUGCUCUUCAACCUGACCACCAUGUACGAGCUGGAGUCCUCGCGCAGCACGCAGAAGAAGCAGGCGCUGCUCGAGGCCGUGGCGGGCAAAGAGGGCGACAGCUUCAACACGCAGUGCCUCAAGCUGGCGUAGCGGGCGCCGGGCGGGCAGCGGGGGGGGACACCCCACAGGCUGAACCGGCCGGCGUGGUCCUGCUGCUCGGCCCCGCGGGAGGGAGGGCAAGUGUCACGGGCUGGGGGAGACCAAGGAGGCGAGCCCCCAUUCGUCCUGAGGGCCGGCCUGCUCCUUAACCGAUCCCGAUCCCUCAGGUGACAGCUGGACGCUCAAUAAACAUACUCCCUGCCUGCA